AUGCGUGGUAUUGGAUCUACAAAGCAAAACAUGUUAAUUAACGAGCCUUGCAAUGAAACAGCAGCGGCACCUACUGGAUGGCAUGGAUAUACGGUUUUCAUUGGAGGCAAAGAUGCUAUUGAGAAAUACCACAAGAGAGAAGAUGGUAUCUCUAUUGAUGCACUUCAUCGCGUCGAUCCACAGGAGAGUACCGGUACUAUGACGUUUCUUUGGCUGUGCGCUUUGAUUAUUAUUUUACAUCCUGAUGGCCUAUUUGGUUCCAAGUAUGCGGGUAAUGAUUGCGUGAUUCAGAGGGACCAUUGCAGAGAGCUACUUGUCUUUUGGUGCUUUGGAGUUUACAAGAUCACAGCUAUGAUUGCUAACCAUGGGGAAGCGUUUAUGUCUUUUGGUGGUGUCAACCUUUAUUGCGUCUCGGGUGGUUGGUUACCAAGCAACGGGCGAUUUCUCUGGAGAAUGUCAGCCAAUUAA